GUCAUUGAAAAGCUUAGACAUAACUUUGUCAACGCAUGAAUAUCGUAAAUGAGAAAAUUUCGGAGAAAAUGUUAGCUUAUCCAAACAAGUUAAACCAAAAUUAUGAGUUCUGGAUGUUCCUACAUAUUGAGCACUAAGGCCAUUUUCAAAAUGAUGGAAAUCGUGUUUUGCUCCCUGGUGCUGGCAUUUACGAAAAAGUUUUACGGUGUAGAGUUGUUAGCCAUCCUAUUUUCUGCUGGGAUUACAGGAAUUUCGGUGUCUGCUCUCUUAUUUGUUAUCAGUCUAUCGUUCGGUGAACGGUGGGAGCCCAGCCUCCGUUUCCAGUGGGUGCCCCUGUUCUUGUUAAGUCCCCUAUGUUUCAUCCCCGGUGCCUACACUGUGAUCAGGUAUGAUUGGUCAGCCCGUUUGGUUGCUGCUGGAUCUUAUUCAGUUGCAGCUGGUAUUUUCUAUCUCUGUGAUUCGAUCCAAUCCUUCCAAGCGUUCUUCUAUUUUCAACAAUCAAACACGGACGACGAAUAAGUGCUCGUUUAUGUUUCAGGUCUUGCAAAGUGUGUAAUUGAUCAAAUAUUAAAGACCUCUUAAUUUGUUGGUAACAUUUA